CGUUCUUGCUCUAGAUCAACAUGGAUGCUUCUUCUUCUUCUAUUUCUUCCAAACAAAAUGCUGAAUUUCAACCUAAAAAUCCUUGUUACUGUGGGUUACCAUCUCGUGUACGAACUUCACGAACUAAAGACAAUCCAGGAAAAAAAAUCAGAUUAUGCCCUAACUCCAUGAAUGAAGGACCAAAAUGCAAGUUCUGGGAAUGGUUGGAGCCUGAAACCCCUGAAAAUGAAGUCAAUUAUGGGAAGGACGAAAAAGAACUGUGCAAUUUAACCCUCAAAGUUUCUAUAUUAGAAAACGAGAUCAGCAUUUUGGAUCCACUGGAUCUGCUUGAACUGGUUCAACAUGUGGAGCUAGUACUUGAACUAGAUCCAUUGAAUCUGCUUGAACUGGUUCAACAUGUGGAGCUGGUACUUGAACUGGAUCCACUAGAUCUACUUGAACUGGAUCCACUUGAAUUGGUUCCACUUUACCUGCUAUACAAAUAUGUAGUUAUGAUGUAA